AUGAAUGUGCCCAAAGAUAACGAAAUUGAGGAAAAUGUGGCGAAGGUCUCGAAUACAUGCGCAAUUGAAGUAGAUCACGAUCACACUUCAAUACCGAAUGUUAUGAGAUCAAGAUCCAGUUCAAGUAGUUGCCAGGACAUAUUCCUUCCAAAAACUAACGGUAUUCAUCUUAGUGGUAUUCCUAAACAUAUUACAACCUUUGACGAAAAGUAUGUCCUGCAUUGCCUUGAAUUGUUACGUAAUUACGCGUUAAGAGCAGCUGCCUCUAAUUUUGCCUCCAAAGUGCAAAUCCCGCUCGAUGACUGGACUUAUCUAGCCCAAACCAAAAUUAUAGGUCCACAUGAUAUGGGGGCUAAGCAAGGAAUUAACACAGGUAGCCAGAGUAUAAUCAACAUACUGAAUAGGCCUUCGAUUCAAAAUUUCGGCUCAACUGAUUUUGGCGCCAAUAUCCGGGUAAAACAUUUACUCGAGCCAGUUUAUUCCCAUUUACCAUACUCAUUGCGUGAGCCAAGUAACUCAAUGCCUGAAAACAAGGUAAUGGUUGUUAAUCCCAAAAAAAGUUGCGCAUACCCACCAGAUCAUAAAAGGGCUAUGUCUAUAUCAAGCAUGAACACGAGUUAUUCAGAAAAGUCGUCUUUUCAAGGAAUGUUGCAUUGCAAGUGGAAAGAUGGGAUACCCUCUUUUGUUUUUAGCGUGGAUGGUAAGGCAGAGGUGUACUCCAGCAGCCUGUCGAAAGCCGAGCCAUCGAAAGGUGAUAAGGAUUUUGAGUAUAUUUACACUUUCAGCUCGGGAAUGAAAGGAAAGAAAGAACUUGAGCUGCCGCAUAUCCUAUGCACAAUGAAAGUGUGGACCUCAAGAAUGUUAUGUCCGAAUAGUUCAUCUGAAGUUAAGGAGACUCGGUUUGUCCUGUCUCUUUCUGGUGAGGAUCAUUGUAUGGAUGAUCUGCAUAUCUCGAAUCAUAAUAGAAAGAGGAAUCAAAGAUUUGUGAGUAAGGUGGCGAAAGUUUUCCGGUCGAGCCACUCGUGUACACAGAGGCCAUCUUCAGCCAUUUUCGAGGAGAUGAGAUCGGAAAAUGAUUGCGUGCAGCAAAACCUAGAGUUGGCUGCCAUUAUAGUAAAGGACAGAUAUAAGAAAAAUAGUAGUAAGAAGGAUAGCAUUGGGGGUUGGGGGUUGAAAUUCUUGGAAAAAUCUGGAAAAGAUGUGUCUCUAAAGACGCUUUCGUCCUCCGAGCGCAUGGGGAAUUACGAAGAGGAGUGGUCGAGGAGGAGUUUGGAUGUUUUGAUUCCGGUGGGUUUUCAUGGGGGAGGGAGAAUGGGAGGUGAUGGGCCCUCGAGUCUUGUCGAGAGGUGGGCUUCCGGUGGGGUGUGUGACUGUGGUGGCUGGGAUUUAGGCUGCCCACUAACGGUUCUCAACGUGGGGCCCACUGGUUCAAAUUCAUCGUAUCUGGUGGAUAAUUUGGGGGAUUGUAAGUCGGUUGAUCUCUUUAAACAGGGAUCGAAACAAGAUGUUCCGAUAUUCAAAAUGUCGAACAUUCACGAGGGUUUGUACUGUAUCCAUUUCCAGUCGACUCUGUCUGCUUUGCAGUCGUUUGCGAUUGCUGCUGCAAUUAUUCAUACUCGUGUUCUUGAUCAUCGGUCGAAAGAGUAG